ACUGACUUGGUGAGAAAAUCGUGUUUUGGUUUGUCAUCGUCGGCUUUUUCCUGAAUUUAGAAAAAUUUGAAUUAAUCCAAUUAUAAAGUCCGAUUUUGACUGCAUUUAUUGCAUGCAGAGUCAUUUUUUGUGACAUAACCUCACAAAAACUUUUAGAUGUUCCUCACAAGAAGUGAAUAUGACCGAGGUGUGAACACUUUUUCACCUGAAGGUCGCCUUUUCCAAGUGGAAUAUGCUAUCGAAGCUAUCAAAUUGGGUUCCACCGCUAUUGGAAUAUGCACUAGUGAGGGGGUUGUGUUGGCGGUAGAGAAGCGCAUAACUUCCCCAUUAAUGGAGCCCACAACAAUAGAAAAAAUUGUAGAAGUUGAUAAACAUAUUGGUUGUGCCGUGUCUGGCCUUAUGGCAGACUCUAGAACAAUGAUUGAUAGGGCACGUGUGGAAUGCCAAAACCAUUGGUUUGUCUACAACGAAAACAUGAGUGUGGAAUCUUGUGCCCAAGCUGUGUCGAAUCUAGCGAUUCAAUUUGGCGAUUCUGACGAUGAUGGUGCAGCAAUGUCAAGGCCAUUUGGUGUUGCCAUUUUGUUUGCUGGGAUUGACGAAAAGGGGCCCCAGUUGUACCAUAUGGAUCCCUCUGGUACAUUCGUUCAGUUUGAUGCCAAGGCGAUUGGAUCUGGUUCAGAAGGGGCUCAGCAAAGCUUGCAGGAGGUCUACCACCGCAGUAUGACACUAAGUGAAGCAACAACAGCGGCACUAACAAUUCUUAAGCAAGUGAUGGAAGAGAAAUUGAAUUCUUCAAAUGUUGAAGUCAUGACAAUGACUCCUGGUGCACUGUUUCAUAUGUUUAGUAAGGAACAGGUGGAGGAGGUAAUUUCUAAAAUAUCAUAAUUUAUAUCAAAGGCAGGAGGUUGCUCGUUUUUAUUUUACAAGCUGUUUUAUUUUUCUAUACCAGUAUAACUACAUUUUUACUGUUUUUCCAUCAAAACGAUGUUCUCUGCUAACAACAUAUUUAAAUAUCGUUAUUAUUCACUCUACUGGAACAAUAAAUAAUUAAGAAGAAAAUCA